GCUCGAGCUAAGCUAGGGCUCGCUUCUUAUAGAAACCCAAACCAGACUCCAUUUCCAGACGCGAACGAGCAACUUCUUCUUCUUCUUCUUCGGCGUGCUUUGUAUCGGCGGUGUCGGCGGUGCUCAUCUGUGACCUGAGCUUCGUCCUCUUCUCAAGGGAUCGUAAUCUUACUCGUUUGAAUCCGACUCAGAAGCUUCUGUGAGCUCGGAAUUGCUUAUCGUCCUCCGAAUUGUUCGAUCGUUCUGUGUAUUCGGCCUCCGUCGCCUUGGUUGCCGUUGUUUGAUUUUCUAGGAAGUUCCGAAUCGAUCGAGUUGUAUCUCACUAUGGUCGACAGGAAGCUGUUCAAGACGAAGCUGUGCGUCUUGUACCAAAGGGGUCACUGUAACAGGCAGAGUUGCUCGUUUGCGCACGGACAAGCAGAGCUUAGGCGAUUUGUCGCCCCCAAUACUGGUAGGAGGGAUUACCGAGGUGGUGAUUUGAGGAAUAAAAUUGGCAGAAGGUAUUCUCCUCGGAGAAGGUAUUCCCCAGGAAAAGAUGCAAGAACUCGCCAUGGAUUUCAUGGAUACAGCCAUUCAAGGUCCCCUGAGGAAAAUAAUGAUAGAAAGCGCAGGAAGAAGCAGCAUUUGGAUGGUCAAAGUGACACUUCAGAUCUCAAUCUUCCAGAGGGGACUGAAGAUCGAGAAAGAGGAGGGAAAUCCACGUCAUCCCAAUCCAAGUAUGCCCUUCUGGAGCAGUUAAAGCAGGUGACGUCAGAUAUCAGCAUGUUGAAACGCCACAAGAAUCAGCAAGAGAUGUACUUGGACGAGCAACUUCAAGAGGCAGAUAGUCUAUCCUCUAAAAUUCAGGAGCUUGAAGGUCAGUUGCACAAAGAAAAGAAAGAGUGCAAAAGGAUCACAUCAAAGAUCAAGAAAUUCGUCAAAGCGCAUCAGCGUUAUUCACGAUCACAAGAUGAACUGAAAAGAUCAGAGCUCCAACUUCACACUCUGGGAGACCAGCUUGGCAUGGAUGCUAUGGGUGGGGGAAACAAUGAAGAGGACUCGAGUGUCAACAUCGUCAGUGAUGGAGAGCCUACUGGGAAUUAUGUCUCUAGCCCAAAGAGUAGACUGAAGUAUUCACAGGGGAAAACAUAUCCUCAAGUGAAUGAUGACAAAGUUGAAGAAGGGUAUGGACAAAAGAGUGGCUCUAAGCAAGUUGAUGAAGGCAAGAGUAAGAGAGAGAAAACUGUAUCUUCUAGCAUUUCUUCAGCAGAUAAGGUUCCACCCAAAGGACCGGUGACUGGGAUGACGUUACCACCAACUGGAAUGGCUGCUCAUGCUAUUGACGAACUUGCUGAUAUUGAAGAAGAGAACACUGAAUUGGCUGAGCUUGCUUUAGCAGGAAAUGAGGUGGCUGAAAUGAAAGGCUUGCCUUUAUCAAUAGCGCCCUUGCCCAGUGUUCACAAGAAUUCUUAUUCUCAGGGGCUGGUAGAGGAGACAGUGAACGUGGAUAAUGUGUAGGAUCAUCCGAGACCUUAGUACGAUUUAUUAUCUUUGUGAGAUUCUGCGAGCCUUACAUUUUUGGGAGACCUGGAAGCGAAGCUUGUGUACAGCAUCUAGUUAAUUGGGUGUACUCACAUACAUCUUCUUACUAUUAUCGGUGGCAUUAGUUUGGAAGAUGGAAACAUGAUGAACGGAAGUCCUCUUUUGAUUAAAGUCCUUUUAAUAACUUCUUUUACUUGCCAAAUCGUGUAAGGCUACCUUUUAGCGGUGUGUUUACAUAGGGUGAGAUAUCGCUGAAAUUUCUUGAUGUGUUGCAGUAUUCUUAGAACUGAGUGUAAUAGCCAUCUUGGCAUUUCGACCCUUGAUCCAUGAACUUGUCAUUUUCCAAA